AUUAGUCUUUUUUCAGCGAAUAAUUAAGAUCUAGUUUGGCUUCCCUUCGACUCUGUGCGCCUUUAUGUUGGCUCUGCCUUCGCCUCUUCUCUACCUGGCCUUCGACUUCUCCUUCUCGCCAGGACAAUCGCUACCUGUACGAGUGUGUGCAUCUGGCUUGUCCAAUAGAGAGCUUAUCUUGCGUGUGUGGCAGCUUUUGUCCUUGUCUAAGGAUCUCCUCUCUCCCUCUGCCGAUCGUCUUAUAAAAGAGCCGUGCGCAGCUCAGUGUCGAAGCCAGUCUCUUGAGUUCCUUCAAAUCGUGCUGAUCGUCACCCUUGUGUGUCAACGUUCCUGUAAUUUGUUCAGUGCUUCCAUUCGCUGUAUUUUCUGUGAUUAUCCUGCAACGAUGGCCGAGGUGGAGUCCAAGGAAUUCAAGGAAUACUUCAUGAUUGUGGAGCUGGAGUCCGCCGAGGAGGAUGAGUAUUGCCAAUUGAUAAUGAUCAGUAACAAACACGUUCGCAAUAUGGAGACCGUUAAUCCCGAUACUUGCUACACUGGAAAGCAAAUUGAGCUUGACUUGGCUGGCGAGAUUAAAAAGGCCAGUAUUUCCACGAUCUCCGCGGACUUCGAAUACGUCCGCGCGCAAUUUCGCUACCUUCAGGAGCAGAAAGAAUCCGCUGAGAGCUUCGAGAGUGAGCAGGCAAAAAUGUCUCCAAAGAGCGAUGCCGGCGCCAAUAGCCCUGAACUAAACCGUUGCAGCGUUGAAUCUCCGGUUCCGAGCACUUCUGCUGGUCCCAGCACGUCUGCGGCUCAGCGCGGGGCCCCGAUGACCUUCAAUCAGCAGACGCAGACGGACGACAGGAUGGGCGGCGAGGAUAAGCCGGCCACAUCGUCCCAAAUGGACCAAAAUAUGCAGCAAAUGGGGCGUCUUUUGGACCACAAUGCCGCCAUUAGGAACCACAUGGGCGACCUUCAUCGCAAUCAAAUGGACCUGAACAACAAGUACGAGGCGUGCAACUUCACGUUGAGCCAAGUUCUGCGCCGCGUCCAGAUGCUCGAGGACGCAGUUGCACAGGUGAGGCGUGUGCAGGAGCAGCUGAUGACGCCGCGGGAGAACUCUGGCUCGAUCUUGCUGGAGGUGUCGCCGGUCACGAGCUCCCCGUCGUCGGACAACGCCGUGCUCAAUGAGACUGAGUUGCAGAUGGAGACCAUCGAGCGCGUGACGCUGCGCAAGGAUACGCUUCCUGCGCUCAAGACGUACAGCACGCCGAGGGCGAGCAAGUGCAAGUCGCCGCCGGAGUUCAACGACGAGAAUGACUGCCCGAAUCCGAAGAGGAGGAAGACGCCCCAGAACUCUGGCCGCAGCUCCAGCGACUUCGAAUACCAGCACGAGGAGGACGUCGUGAUCGGGCCCAAUGGCACAACGGUGCCGGCGCAGAUGGUGAAGAGCAUGAACUGGGCGUGCUACUCACUGGCCACCAGGCGCAUCCUCGUGCACGUCUUUGGCCGCAAAAUCCUCUCCACUCACUCACUGUCCGGCAAGGCCUCGCCCGCAUUCCAAGAUCGCACGCCCAAGGACCCACUCAAUCCGCUCAAGGUUCUGGACAUCGUGCAGUUUGUGGCCAAGAAUGCCAACGUUCCCGAGUCAAACGUGAGGAGCAUUGUCACGGCAAAGUGUGCCGACGAGAACAAGAUCGUCAAGGCGAAGAGAGAGAAAGCCAGACUCAGAAGACUGCGCAUGAAUAACGGCGGCAACGGCAGUAGCGGCGAUGGCAGCAGCGGCGGCGAUGGCAGCGGCGGCGAUGGCAGCGGCGGCGACGGAAGCAGCGGCGGAGACGGCAGCGGCGGAGAUGGCAGCGGCGGCGACGGCAGCAGCGGCGCCGGCUGUAGCAAGAACCUAGUAUAAUUGCUGAUGCGACAUGGCGAACUUCUGCGCCAAGACGAUUGUGAGGAUCAAGACUUAGUCUCUGUUUGUUCCUAAUGUAUUUUAAAGCGUUUAAGACAAGUUCUAAUGUGGAGUUGAUGGAAAAUUGAUGCCUCGAAUUGUUCGAGAUUGUAAGACAGCGGAGAGCUUUUGGCAUUUGAUUAAAUAAAUACAAUUCUAGCGAGAAAA